GCAUUUAGUGUAUUAAGGUGCAUUUCUUUUCUUAACAAAUAUAGUCAAGUAAAAUGGCUGCCAAUAUUGCCGCAGCGGCUGCUGCUUCACAAGAAGUAGAUCCUGUGCUGAAAAAGGCAAUCAAAUUGUUGCAUUCAUCGAAUCCUACGUCUGCAGCGGAACUUCGGAUGCUGUUGGAUGAAGCGAUUAAAUUGCGGUUUGGACCGGACAAGAUGAUAUCGAAAAGCAUGACCCAACGCAUGGUGGACGACGAAGCUAAUUUUCCAGGCCGUGCAACUCCACAGCCUCCAAUACAGCCUAUGGCCACUGAUGAGAUUAUCAAUCUGACCAACUCCCCGGACAAAGUACCUGCAGAUUCGCCGGACACCAUUGCAGAUUCAGAUGAUGGCAGCGCCGUUGGAAUAACCAUGAGCGGUGUUGUCAAUACAGGUGACACUGGCGACUUUGGUGACUUGAAUUGUUGUGUCUGUGGUGAAAUGGUUUAUAAGGCCACCAAUCGACUAAUUGAGUGUUCUGAGUGUGGUGCACUUUAUCACCAAGAGUGCCAUAAGCCACCUAUUACAAAUGAGGAGGCUGCAGACGAUCAAGUUCAUAUCUGGCAAUGUGACACCUGUUGCAAUAAGCCCUCAACUAGCCGGGCAGCUGCUACCAUUCCCAUUCCAACGGCCACCCCUACUGUGGUCAUACCCGAUGAGCCCAUACCACUAGCAACAAAGAGCAAAUCAUCCGUGCCGUCGUCGCGGUCAUCUACAUCCUCGAAUUCGUCAUCGCCGUUCUACAAGCCCGAGAUGAGCAGCUCCACAAAUGUGAGCAGCAGCAGUAGCAGCAAACAUGGACACAAAUCUUCCUCUUCAUCGUCUGCAAAGUCACACAAAGAAGAUCGAUCCAGUCGAGCUAUGGCACCCGCGUUAACUAACAUCGCCACAGUAGAGAAGCACGCCAGCAGCAGCAGUAGCACGUCAUCCUCCCGCCGCGGCAGUUCGACGACCAAAUCCAGUAAGAGCAAGCAUCACGAGAGCAGCAGUAAACGGAGAUCGAAAUAGUGGUUACUUAACUUUUAAUAUAAUUUU